GCCGGAGUUUUCUAAUCACUAGACCACGUGACUUUGUGGGCGGAGCGAUCGAUAAUUUGGCGACUGGUCAAUUGAUGCAGCCUUAAUGUAUGCGCAGUUAAAUCCAAUUCAAUAGCUAACAAAGCUUAACAGGUUGGGGUUUGUAGGCAUUCAGAUUCUGUUAAAUGGUCGAUUUGUUAGUGAUUAAUGUAUGGACAUAAUAUUGUUUUGAAUGUGAUUUUUCUUUGUGCUAAAGGAGUUAUAAUGUUUUCUUCCCGAUGUUAGAUAUGCAGUACCAAGUGGCGUGUAGAGUAAUAGCAAUCUUUGAACUUGGCCUGAUUGCAAGAGGUACCUCGACAUGUCUGGAAACUAAGUAUCUGGUGUCCGGGAAACGUCCCAUUCCUGACGAUUAUCUGACGGCUUCUAGUGAGUUUGAUUUCAAUAGGACAUUUGACAACUAUAGUCCGGGGAGAUCCAGGCUGGAUACUAAAGAAAUAUAUGAAAAUAAGAGUUGGCUAAAUGGCUGUUGGGCUGCCCGAACAAAUGAUGCUCAACAGUGGAUACAGGCGAGAUUCCUAGAAAGGAGCUACAUUACUGGGAUAGUGACUCAGGGUAGAAACGUUGAAAGAGGUCAUUACCAACGAGUUACUUCAUAUCAGUUUCACUUUUCAGAAGACUGUGUGAAUUUUUUAACAUUCACAAAACCAAACGGUGACAACGAGAUUUUUCCUGGCAAUACAGACCAAGAUUCACACGUGACAAACAUGCUUUCAAGUCCAGUCCGUGCUUUGUGCGUGCGCAUCCAACCAGUCACGUGGGUUGGGUACAUAUCGUUACGAUUUGACGUGCUGGGAUGCUCUUGUGGAAAUCAUUAUGGUUUUCGAUGUGAACAAUGCCCCGCGAACUGUGCAUCGAUGAACAAUGGCACAAGUUGCGAUGACCAAGGUGUUUGCGUUGAGGGUUGUUCCCGGGACUUUUUUGGCAGACAGUGCAAUAAUCCUUGUCCAUCAAACUGCGCAGCAGAGUCAAAUGGUAGCAGGUGUGAUCAACAUGGUGAUUGUGUCAACGGAUGCGUAAAUGACCAUUUUGGUGGACAGUGUUCGAAUCCUUGUCCAACAAACUGUGCUCCAGUAGCUGGAGAAAACCGAUGUUCAAACCCUGGCACAUGCACAAUGGGAUGCAUUGCGGGAUAUAAGGGUGGUAAAUGUGAAUCCUCGAUAGAGCGGUUUGUGUCUGAAGAGAGCGGGAUCGGAUUUAAAUCUGGAAUGAUUGCAAGCUUGAUUGUGAAUUUUGUCGCCAUAAUAAUAAUCGCGAUGAUAUGUUGCUUACUCCGGAAGAAAAGACUUACCAAUACAGAUGUUGUCAACAAAUCAAUGAGCGACCGACCAGGGCACGCAGAACUCAAUCAAUUCAGCCCGGAGACCUUGCCUGUGUACAGUAACUUGGACAACAAGAGGGAUGAAGAAAAACCGUAUGCGGCUCUUAAUUUUGGACAUGCUUUAAGUCAAUAACAAAGAAUGGAAGAAACAUGUUAUUCACUUGUGCAACAUUAUAUGGUGUUUGUGUUACGAUCAAAUGUUUUCUGUUUAAAUUGCCGUUACCAUUAUUAUAUAGCGAUAGACUGCACACCAUAAAGUGCAAUCGAGUAUAACGUAAUGACGUUUGGGGAUUUUUGAGAAACAUAUCCUGUUCGACAUUAGCACUACUUCUACAGUGUAUGAACUAUGUAUUUUUUUGCAGUACGUAAGUCAAUUAAUUACGAACUGGUGGAAUGAUCUUUGUAAAUUAAAUUUGUUGAAUACUCUGUAAUGCAUAAUUAAGCGUUAGAAUUAGACAUUAUUGCUUCAUGCAGAGAUUUUCGAAAAACAUCAAACUAAUUUUCUCGCCCGUAUGCAGACUCUCCUUAAUAAGCAUGAAUUAUGUUGAAACACUUUUUUUAAGAAAAACGCUAUGAAGGUAUAUAAACUCAAGUUUGUAAACUUAAUCGAAUAAUGCAAUACUUGUUAAUUAUUAUUUGUUUACAUUCUACAUGUUCUAAAUCCAAAGAUUUAAUAAUUUUUGUAUUAACAUAUUCAAACUUGCGAGUAAUAUCUCAAUUCGGUAUUCUGCACUUUAGCUGAAUGACAACUGAACUAUAUAAAAAAACAGCACAAUUAUGUGCAUCGUAUUUAAAUAUAAACCGGCUUUGAAAAACAAGAGAAAAUGUUCCAUGUUUAUAAUGCACUUUUUAUGAAAAUUAGGAACACGUUUCUAAAAACAUUAUUUUUAAAUACUAGCUAACGCAAUUGAAUUAUUGUCUUAUUGAAAUAUCGAAAUGGAAUAUUCUAUGACAUAAUUUAUAGGCAGUAACUUGUGUUUAAUGCAUUUUGUAUAACGUGAGUUAUAGCUAUAUUGGUUAUCAUUUUAAAGCAAUUUGAUUCAUUCAUACCAGAAUGACGUAUUUUGCGCAGUUUAAUCGUAGUACGUAUCAUAGUGCCCUUCUAUCGAAAAUUACUUGUAUUUAUCCUUCGAUUCUAUAUCUCAAAACAUACAUCCAAUAUUUUAUUAAAAUAAGCAAUGUUUAUUAGAUAAAAAAGUUUAAGAUUUGUUUCAUAUAGAUUCACAUAAUUUUUAAGUAUUAAAAUAUGCAAUUUUAUAAUUGUCAUUUACAUUAAAACUCGUACUUUAAUUAAUGUGAGUGUUUAUGUCAAUAUUGCAGUCGCAAAUUAUUUGCGAAAAAGCACAUAUGGUGUGCUACUUAUAUUGAAAUAAUACAUCGACAAUCACAUAUCUUAAAAUGAUGGAACGAAACUAUGUAAUUGAUUUUUUGUUAAAGACAUCCAUUUAAUCAAAUUCAACGUGUAUAUGUACGUAGUUUUAACGAUACAAAUGAGACCUAUUACAUGUAUAUGGUGCAAUUUGUUAAUAAUCAUAAUGUUAUUACGAUGCAUUCUAAAUAAGAAUGCGGUCUUGACAAUUUGUCAAUUGGUCCUCAUCGGAAAAAACAUAUAGGAAACAAAUACCUUUGAUAAUUGCAGAGUUUGAACAUUAGUACAAGUAUUGUCGUGUUCAAAAUCCUGAAAACGUAGUAUAAACUUUGCAAAGUCAUAUUAUUGUGUUUUCAAAAGGCUAUUGCGGAACGAAUCAAGGGAAACAAGCAAAUAACCCAAUAUACAAGCAUAUAUCAUUUCUAUCUUUCUUGCUUUGUUGUAUAAUUAUAAUAAUAAUAAAUACUUUUAAAUGUGUUCAGUACAGUGAUGGUCUAUUAAAUAUUAUUCAAACCAGAA